AUGCCAGACGAGAUCCCUCAUGCGCAGCUCAAACGACGAGCGUUUAGCGCCCGCCGCAUCCAGUGUCCCUACCCAGGCUGCAAACGCUGGUUGAAAAAUUCCUCUGGGCUGAAACUUCAUCAAAGCUCGGCCCAUAGCCACUCGUUUACCCAUCCUGGAUCACAACGCACACAACACGCCUCUGUUGAAGAAAUUGAAGAUGAAGAAGCUCCCAGACGCACCAACAAUGAGCUCUGGGAGUCGAAGCAUGGACUUAUUCGUGAUUAUCACGAGACGCUGACUGGUCGUAUUUGUGAUGAGAAUGGCAACUUUGUUGACCCUGGCACUCCUCCUCCACCAUACACAGCAAAAAGUCCUGACGACUGGACUCCGUAUCGCAACCGACUGGAAUUUGAGUGCGCAGAUUUCAUGUACACUGAAAACCAGAUGUCCGCUGGUGAUAUAAACAAGAUUCUCUACUUGUGGGGAAUCACUCUCGCUGUUCAUCGCGACAAUCCACCAUUUGCCGACUACAAGGACCUGUACAAUACUAUCGAUGCAACACCGCUAGGCGAUGUCGCAUGGGAAAGCUUCUCCCUGAAGUACAAUGGCGAUAAACCUGCUGGAGAGUGUCCACUUUGGAUGGAACAGUCGCACGAGGUUUGGUUCCGGGACCCUCAUACCGUCGUCAAGAACAUGCUCGCAAAUCCAGAUUUCAAAGGUGGAAUUGAUUAUAUGCCCUACCGUGAAUUUCAGGAGAAGGAUGAGCAACGCCGCUAUAAGGAUUUCAUGUCAGGAGACUGGGCCUGGCAGCAAGCAGACCAAAUCGCACAGGACCCACAAACGCAUGGUGCGGCUUUCGUUCCCAUCAUUGUAGGCAGUGACAAGACGACCGUGUCUGUCGCUACUGGUCAAAACGACUACUACCCUCUAUAUCUCUCGAUUGGGAACGUUCACAAUAACGUCCGGCGGGCGCAUCGCAACGCAUUGGCUCUGGUUGGAUUUUUGGCGAUCCCUAAGACGGAAAAAAGAAAUACAGAUGAACUUGGAUACCGCAAAUUCAAGAAGCAGUUGUUUCACUCCUCAUUGUCCAGGAUCUUCGCCAAUCUCAAACCUGGAAUGACAACUCCAGAGGUCACACGGUGUGGCGACGGACACUACCGGCGCAUUAUAUAUGGCCUUGGACCCUACAUUGCAGACUACGAAGAGCAGGUAGUAUUGGCGUGCAUGGUCAAAGAUUGGUGUGGAAGAUGCCUUGCAUUUCCCUCAAGUCUUGAUGAAGGAGGUGUUUCUCGGUCACGCGAACAUACUGAUGCGCUUGUGGAUUCUAUAGAUUUUGGUAUACUUUGGGACGAGUAUGGUAUCAUUGGCGAGUUAGUGCCCUUCACCAACGACUUUCCUCGUGCCGACAUUCACGAGCUCCUUGCCCCCGACAUACUGCACCAGCUCAUCAAAGGAACCUUCAAGGACCACCUUGUUGAAUGGGUGGGUCAAUACCUCGAACUCACGCACGGCAAAACACGCGCCAAGGCGAUUUUAGAUGAUAUUGACCGAAGAAUUGCUUCCGCGCCGCCCUUCCCUGGCCUACGACGCUUUCCACAAGGCCGUGGAUUCUCACAAUGGACAGGUGACGACUCCAAAGCUUUGAUGAAGGUCUAUCUACCAGCAAUCGAGGGCCACGUACCAGAUGAUAUGGUUCGGGCAUUUCGAGCCUUGCUAGAGUUCUGCUACAUCGUGCGCGCAAACGUAGUGACGGACGACACUCUCGCAGCGCUGAAAGAUGCCCUUGGGCGUUUUCAUACUUACCGGACUAUUUUCCAGACUACUGGCGUCCGCUUCGACAUUUCCCUACCCCGACAACACUCUCUCAUCCACUAUGAGCUUCUCAUCCGAAUGUUCGGUGCUCCGAACGGCCUCUGCUCGUCAAUCACGGAAUCAAAACAUAUCAAGGCGGUAAAGCAACCAUGGCGACGUUCAAGCAAGUACAACGUGCUCAGCCAGAUGCUCCUUACCAAUCAGCGCCUGGACAAAGUCGCUGCAGCAAGAGUUGAUUUCACAACACGCGGCAUGCUCAAAGGGUCUUGUGCCUUCAGCUACUACAAUUCAUUUGUUGAGAAUCCCUCAUAUAUUGACAACGACGAUGGAGACCCAGAGGUCCAACCAAACCCAGCGCAUGCAGGAAGCAACCCCUUUGCUAUCGAGAAACGAAAACGCGCCCGUACCGUUGCUGAUCUCGCAGACGAACUUGACAUCCCAUCAUUCCCGACCCUCAUUCGCCUCUUCCUGUACGACCAAAUACACGCGGACAACCACCAUUCUUCUGCCGAUGUCCCCCUUCGCGACUGUCCAUCCUACACGGGACCAAUCAAGAUAUUUCAUUCAGCCGCUGCAACAUUUAUCGCACCCAGUGAUCCGAGUGGAAUCACUGGUAUGCGCCGUGAGCACAUUCGCGUUGUGCCUUCGUGGCGCAAGGGACCAGCUCGCUUUGACUGCGCCUUCGUCAACACGGACAAUAGGCAUGAUGGAAUGUUGAGCAUGGAUGUCGUUCGAAUAUUCUGUUUUUUCUCUUUUACUUUUACUAACAGUCACACAUACCCAUGUGCCCUCGUUCAAUGGUUCCAUCGCAUCGCCGAGGAACGAGACGAGCUCACAGGAAUGUGGAUGGUGGCACCGUCUUUCAAUGAAGACGGCUCUCGCGAUUUGUCCAUCAUCCAUAUUGACAGUAUCAUUCGCGGUGCUCACUUACUCCCAAUAUUCGGUACUCAGCUCGUACCACGCGGCCUUCGAUUCUACGAUUCUCUGGAUGUAUAUCGAGGAUUCUACGUAAAUCGGUUCAUUGAUCACCAUGCUUUCGAGCUGGCAUCUUAA